AUGAGUGCCUUCUAUCUCCCCUCGUCAACAGCAACAACAGCAACACCCUCCCCCCUCACCUCCCCACCAUCUCCCCUCUCCAACCCCCUAGAAACCCGCCAAUCCACCUACAAAACCUACCCCGACUCCGACUCUGACUCCGACGACAACACACCAUUGCCUUUUCCACAAGCCCUCCCACGUUCCGAUUUCCUCACUCCAGACUUUACGCCAGAAGCCUACCUCUCCACCCUCCACAACAGACACCAAACCCUCGAGGACCUACGCAGCGAUCUACGCCAACGCUCCCACUCCAUAUCCACAGAACUCCUCGAUCUCGUCAAUGCAAACUACGAAGAAUUUCUUUCCUUGGGGCUAAGACUAAAAGGCGGAGAGGAAAAGAUCGAACAAGUAAGAGUGGGUGUGCUAGGUUUUGGAAGAGAAGUAAGCGGUGUACGCGAUCUCGUUGCCUCUCGAACUCAAGAAGUGGGUGGUUUGCUGGAGGAGAAGAAGAGGAUUAGGAAAGAUGUCAUGGUGGGCAGACGACUGUUGGAAAUUGAAGAAAGACUUCAAGAUCUGGAAACUAGGUUGAUGGUCGAACCUACCAGUUCACUGUCGGCAAACAAUCCUUCUGCAAACGAUAUAGACUCGGAUGAUGAAGACGACGAAGACGAAGAAGGAGAUACAGCUACUGCGACCACGCUCUUGAGAUUGAGGAAACAUGCACAAGCAUAUCUGUUGCUUACACACCUUACGCAAAAAGUUUCAGAUCAUCCUUUUGUCGUAGCACAACAAUCUCGAGUCAUGCGUCUGAGGAACACACUAUUACUGGAUCUGAAGACGGCACUCAAACAGGCUCAAGCGGCUAGUGUGGGAGGAAAACAAUUACUCGACUUCUUGGUCAUAUACAGGGAGCUGGGAGAGACAGAGGAAGGUGUCGGAGCAUUGAAGGGAGUUUGA